AUGAAUUGGACAGGAGGUCAAUUGCGUCGACACUCGGCUCGCCCGGGUGUUCUAUCCAAAACUCAGCGACAAAACUUUGCCAAGUCUCGUCAACUGACAAGCAGCAGAGCAUCCGCUCAACCAACGCCAUUUCGCAGGUUUCCAGACGGGUGCUUAAGAGAUGGCACAGGAGAACUAGCAGAGGCGAACCAGGCCACAGGGCCAGGCAAACCUCGAUCUGCCAAGGUUCUGCCCAAUGACAGACUGGGUGUCUUGAAGCGUCGACUCCUUCAACAACCAGACUGGGCUGCUGUAUCUGUUGCACGUCCACUGGAAAUAGAAUUUCCUUCUAUGGAGGAGGUUGGUCAAGUUGCAAGGCGACGGAAAUUGACAGACGUUGACCGUAAACGCCUGUCGGCUCAUGGAGAUCUCACGUUACCUGAAUUCUACAAAAGAAGGCUCCCAUCUUCUGAAAGCUUUGGCUUGGGUCAGGUCAAAAUACGCAUUGACGGCCGGCUUGCCGGUUCUCCUUCUCCCUCGGAUGACACUCAAGCACUACCCACUAACAAUCCGUCGUCAUAUUCGAUGCUCUUGGACUCCGAACCCCCUGCAUUAUUCCAAGCAGAUAAUCCAGGAUCCUCCCCGGUUUUUUCAUGGAAGCUUUCUUCCGGACGCCUUUCACUCCAGCCAAGCCACAACCGUGCGCCACCGCGUCUCGAAGAGCCAGAUAUCCCAAUCAAUACUCACAUGGUGGAACACUCCGAUCCUGCUGACUACACUCCUCUUCGAGAUGUGGCCUCAAAAUUCAAUCUUGCCAAUAGCUCGCCAUAUUGCUCC